AUGUAUUCGGUAUUUUCGUCAUGUUUGAUGCAAUGUUGCCCACAUGCCGGCGUACUAUUCGUACCAAUACUUCGCCCUCCCAGGCCUCAAAACGAUGACGAGUUCGAGAAAUAUGAGCCGCGGCCGAAGAUUGUUAUCGAGAAACGUGAUUUCGAACUCUCACGACCAUAUUAUAAUGGGGCUAUGGGUGAGAGUUUUGAGCCAACAGUACCGUCACUUCGCAUCUCCGCCCAACACGUCAAUCAGAAAGAUGCCGUCAUCGUAAAAAUCAUUUCAUUACACGGAUGUAGUCUUCUUGUGGAUGACGCAACGCAGGUCCGCUUAUCGGUAUCCAAUCAAAAAACAAAACAUCAAACAGCAAUUGCUAGAGGUCAGGAACCCGUUUUCAACCAGACUUUCACGAUAACUGGUUUGAAUCGAGACACGCUCUUGUCAUCAACCCUGCGGUUUCGAGUUUAUUCUCGGACUGGCAAAUCAAGAAUGAAUCUACGAGCCGAAGGAACGCUCGAAGACCGAAGGCGAUAUGACUUUGUGAUCUCUGUUUCACUAGGUCCCAACCGUGUAAUGAAGCAACGUGAUUCAUUUCUUAUCCUGUCCAACAAUGGUGAUGGUGGUGAUGAUGUCGGAGAUGGUGGAAUGGAUGAAACAGCUCAUGAAGGAAGCCGUGAUGAUGGUGAUGGUGAUGACCAUGGUGAUGAUGAUCGUCUACAAUGA